AUGGCCGACGUGCCUUCGAUCCAUAACAACGAGAAGGACGAGACACACGGUAUGGACGCACCACCCGUCGCGCACGGUGUCGACGAGGAAGUCAGAACAUCUUCGCCCAGCUCGGAUGACUCCAAUAAGCCCCUAUUCGAUAGCACGCACCGCAAGCUGAAGCCAAGGCAUAUACAGCUGAUUGGAAUUGGAGGGACAAUUGGAACAGCGCUCUAUGUGCAGAUAGGUCACGGCCUCGUUCAGGGUGGUCCAGGGUCACUCUUCAUCGCAUUCGCCUUCUGGUGUACAUUCAUAUUAUGUGUCACGAUUUCUAUGGCUGAAAUGGUCACUUACCUUCCCAUAUCCUCCCCCUUCAUCCGCUUUGCUGGCCGAUACGUCGACGAAGCCUUCGGUGUCGCUGCAGGAUACAAUUUCUUCGUCUUCGAAGCCAUGCUCGUCCCGUUUGAAGUCGUCGCUUGUAAUCUCAUCAUCCAUUAUUGGAGUGACGCCGUCCCAACAGGCGGGAUCAUUGCCAUCAUCAUCGUCCUAUAUGGAUUUAUCAAUGUUUUUGCGGUGAAAUGGUACGGCGAAUCUGAGUUCUGGCUUGCCCUAGGCAAAGUAACACUCAUUGUCGGCCUCAUUGCCUACACCUUCAUCACCAUGCUUGGUGGCAAUCCAAACCACGACCGUUUCGGCUUUCGCUACUGGAAGAAUCCUGGAUCGUUCGCAGAGCUUUAUAAGACAGGCUCACUUGGCCGCUUUCUUGGAUUUCUGCAAUGCCUCAUCCAAGCAAGUUUCACUGUCGCCGGUCCCGAUUAUGUCUCCAUGGCGGCAGGCGAGGCCGAAAAUCCACGGGUAGUGAUGCCGAGGGCGUACAACAAGGUCUUUGGACGAUUGAUGGCCUUUUUUGUGCUCGGUAGCCUGGCUGUAGGAAUCAAUGUACCGUACACUGAUCCAGAGCUUGUAGAUGCAUUUACAAGUUCGGAACCUGGAGCAGCAGCAAGUCCGUACGUGGUCGCUAUGAAUCGCCUUGGUAUCAAAGUGCUGCCAGAUAUUGUCAAUGCGCUCGUUCUGUCGGCAGCGUUCAGUGCAGGCAACAGCUAUGUGUACUGUGCGAGUCGUAGUCUCUUUGGAUUGGCACUGGAUGGCAAGGCUCCAAAGAUAUUCACUAGGUGUACGAGGAGUGGCGUUCCGGUAUAUUGUGUGUUAUUGGUGCUGGCGCUGAGCUUGCUGAGCUUCCUGCAGGUCAGCUCUGGACCGGCAGUGGUGCUGCAAUGGUUCGUCAAUUUGGUCACCGCAUCUCAACUGAUCAAUUUCUCGGUUAUGUCCUUCACCUUCAUCCGCUUCAAGAAGGCUUGCGAUGCUCAAGGCCUAUCAAGAGAUUCUCUGCCCUAUAAAGGCCGGUUCCAGCCUUACCUCGCAUGGUACGCGCUCUCCGGUUGUUUCGUCAUGACCUUUGUUGGAGGCUAUACCGUAUUUCUGCCCGGACAGUGGAGCAUUCCAACAUUCCUCUUUUCGUAUACAAUGAUUGGUGUCUUCCCGAUCCUCUUCAUUUUCUGGAAAUUUUAUAAGAAGACGCGAUGGCUAGAGCCCAAUGCUGUUGACCUGUUGAAGGACGUUGAUAUGAUAGAAGAAUACACGAGAGACUAUGUGCCGAGGCCUUCAAAGAACAAAUUCUUUGUCCUCCUUGAUAAAUUUUACAAUUAA